GCUGGCCGCAGUCAGUAGGCUCCGGCGAGUCAACGCGGCACCACUGCGCAGGCGCAUGCCACCCGGCCACGCAAUCUAGGGCGCUCUUAUGUGAUACAUCACCAUUUCUCCAGAUUAUUAUGGAAAAAGUGCAUAGUGACAACUUAACACAUUAACCCACAAUCGCGUUGUAUCGUUGUGAUUAUAAGUGUCAAAAUUUAAAUUUAACGCUUCUGUAUCUAUGUGGGCUACGUGAUAAGUGACAAGUGUGUGACCGUAUUGUUUUGGGUUUGGGCGAGCACUUCGCGAAUCCUUUCCGUCUAUAGGUUGUCGUUUCUUGGAAGUGUCUCUAACAAUUCGCUUUGGUGAAUGAGUCAGCUAACAGGCGUCGGGAUUGUUAACUUUGUCAACGUGCUGCCCACGAUAUCUGAAGGCGUGACAAUGAGAGAAAAAAGGGGAGGCGCCAUGAGCAAAAUGCAAAAGCUUCGAAAGCGCCUUUCCCUUAGUUUCGGUAGACUAUCCACAAAAGACGAGCCGGACGGGGACAACGGGGAAUGCCGCGGCCGGCAGCAGAACGGCGGCGGGCGCGGCAAGCUUCCAUACAACGGGUACUCGGAGGAAUGUCUCGAUAGGCUCGAGCCGAAUGGAAACAUCCCACACGAUAAGGACUCGCACUAUGAAUGGAGCGGCGGCGGCAACGGCGAGUACCGAGUGAGAAGACAAUUAUCAGUGUCCUCUGACUCCAAACUCCUGGACGAGGGCGCCAGGGAAGACGCCAGGGUCGUGAUGAGGCCCAAGCGGCCGCCCAGGCCCAAGUCCGAGGCCUUCCUUGGACCACACGACCACAGCAACCGCAGAACUAAGCGGUUUAGUGCCUUUGGGGGUGACUCUCCGUUCGGGAAAUCCGAAGCUUACAUUAAGCUAGAGCAGCUCGGUGAGGGUUCCUACGCCACAGUGUAUAAAGGUUAUAGCAAUUUAACGCAACAAGUAGUAGCAUUGAAAGAGAUCAGACUGCAAGAGGACGAGGGCGCGCCCUUUACGGCGAUCCGCGAGGCUUCACUCCUCAAAGAACUGAAACACGCCAACAUCGUGACUCUGCACGACAUCGUGCACACGCGCGAGACGCUCACCUUCGUGUUCGAGUUUGUGGACACGGAUCUAUCGCAAUACAUGGAGAGGCACCCGGGCGGGCUGAACCAUCACAACGUCAGACUGUUCAUGUUCCAGUUGUUGAGGGGACUGUCCUACUGCCAUAGGAGAAGAGUUUUACACAGGGACGUGAAACCACAGAACCUGCUAAUAAGUUCCCACGGGGAGCUGAAACUGGCCGACUUCGGUCUCGCGCGCGCCAAGUCAGUGCCGAGCCACACGUACUCGCACGAGGUCGUCACGCUGUGGUACAGACCGCCAGACGUGCUACUGGGCAGUACGGAAUACUCGACGUCUUUGGACAUGUGGGGCGUGGGCUGCAUAUUCGUGGAGAUGCUCUGCGGAGUGCCCACCUUCCCCGGAGUCAGGGACACUCAUGAUCAGCUCGACAAGAUAUUUAAGGUGGUGGGCACCCCAACAGAAGAAAGCUGGUCCGGAGUGACCCGUUUACCGGGUCUUCGCACACACGUGUCCCGGUGGGGAAGCUGCCCCGCCAGGCCUCUCGGGGCCGCCUUCCCCCGCCUCAGGGAAGGUGGAAGAGACGCUGAAAGAUUAGCGGCUUCUUUACUGCAACCCGAUCCUGCGAGAAGAUUAUCAGCGGAUAGAUCGCUGCAGCAUGUGUACUUCAGUCAGCUACCACCUAGAUUGAGGGAUUUGCCUGAUGAGGUGUCAAUCUUCACAGUAGAAGGAGUCUGCCUGCACACGGAGACUCGGCACACGGCCGUCAAGUGAGCCCCACCGACUAGCGCUUUAGUUGAAUCUGUUACGAUCGCUCCUACUAUGCCGGCUCGAUUCGACUCACUAUUCGAACCCAUAUGAGAUUUAGUCAAUUAGUUUUUGGAAGUCUGGUUAUUAAGAGCCCUAAAGUCCUUUUUGUCGACGAAAGAAAUUUUUGAAAAAUGGAAUGUCAUAUAAGGCGAAAAAUUUUUAGUUUACGGUUUUCAGAGAACACUUUUUGGACUGACAAACUAAAACUAACAUUUUCUUAAAAUUUUUUUUGUUACAGACCUUUCUGUCGAUAAAAUAAAUUUUUGAAAAAUGGAAAGUCUUAUAAGGCGAAAAAUUUUAAGUUUACGGUUUUCAGAGAACACUUUUUGGACUGAAAAACUAAAACUAACAUAUUCUUAAAUUUUUUUUUGAUCAUAUCAUACAGAAUAAAAAAAAACUAAAACAAAAGAAUAGGUAUUAAGUUAAUUUUAGUUUAAAUUAAAAUUUUAAUAAAAUCGCCCUCCUUAAUCUUGAGAUUGAUUCAAUCUCGUAUGCUAUCAUUCUGACCACAGAUGCGGUCGAAUCGACGCCCUACAAUCAGUGUGCGAGCGUUAUUAGUUAGUACGUUUCAAUUCCUAUAGUUUUAAAACGUCGAAAUAUGGUUGACACGUUUUCGGUGGACCAAAAUUUCGUGAUAGUUCUCUCGUCUAGUUUAAAAUUGUUCGAAUGGCAUCGAAUGCCGGACAGUAUUCGUUUGUUUGAACCCUCUAAUUAUACUUUUUUGUCCAUCCGUCGAUCACUUUCGACUUGAAUGUUUAAGCGCUUUUUAAGCUUCUAACGGAAUAUCCAUCCAUAUAAUUCAAUUAUUCUAUGGUGACAAGGUAAACUGAUAGGUAUCGAGUGUACGAAUUAUAUAUGUAUAAAUAUAUGAACAGAGCAGUGUGCCAUGUAUAUCUAUAAUUGAGAAGAGUAUGAGGUGUUAUUUUAAAAGAUUUUUAUGCAGGAUAUAUGCUCAUAAUUUGGUAAAAAUUUUGAAGAUGUUUAUUUAUAUUUAUUAAGGUAUAAUUGUCGAUGAUAACUCUUAUGCAGUCUUAUGAAAGCUAUACGGUUUUUAUCUGGGACGCUUUGCAAUGACGAUUGAAAUUGGUCAGUGUGUUCGGUCGUUUCAUUGUGGGGCGUUCAAUCUUGGCGUUUUGUCUAAAUCUUAUGCACACAUUCCUUCCACGGUGCUCAAAUAGUAACAUUAGGUGGCGAGGUUUUGUGUGGACACGAGGCAAUGAUAUGCUGCCUCCUGAUUGGCUGUGACUUGGGACGUUAUGUCAUCUAUUUGUGUUGCACUUACAGAGUUUUCAUUCUGUCAUGCUUAUUGCACGGAUAAGGCUUUCAAACAAAUUGAAUUUUUUUUUUGGCGCCCAUAAGUAAUAAUAACUUACUCAAAAUUGCCGCCAAGUUGAUAUUAAAGUAAUAUAAUAAUCUUUACUGCACUAUAGUCUUUCAAAUAUAACUUGAUCUCUGUGACAGAUGUUAAACGCAUAAAUUUUUAGGUCUGUCUUUUUCGCAAUUACAUACGUCAUAGAUAUCAUUCUAUCUUGCUGUCACAGAGAUAAAAUUAUAUUUUAAAGACUAUAGUGACGUGACCAACAGCCAAUCAGAACGCAGCAUUUUACGUGCACGCUUGCGUACUCGGCGAUGGAUUGCAGCUGCAACCAGUGAUACUAAGCGAAUUGACCGAAAUCAUAACCAAAAUUAUUAUUAUCGUGGCAGAUCUCAGAUAUUAAAAGUGUGGGACCGUCCUAUUGUAUAUUGUAUCGAUCGAUAAAUUUAAUCUUCAUACGAGAGGUUUAGUGUUUAGAUGGAGUUAGGAUCCGUCUAGAUGAAAGACUAGUGAAUACAGUUUAGUCAAAUUUUAGUGGUCCCCCACAAAGUAAGGUUUAGGGUGCAAUGUAGUGGACAGGCGCAUUGACAACUUGGACAUUUUUCAAUAAAUCAUUGCUACAUUUCUUAAUUAAUCAGGUUAGCAUGGAAUAAGAAAGCACGUCAUAUUAAAAUAAAAAAGUAACGCACUUGUACUUUGUACAUAUUUAAGUUGGAGAAAAGUAACAAAUAAAUGAACUAGGUUAAAUCUGUAAAAAUUUUAUAUUAAAUAACGAAAUCAGGAACACCAAUUUGUGCCAAAAAUAGAGUUGAAAUAUAAAAAAAUAUUUUUUGAUAUUAUAACAGAAAUCUAAAAUAUCAAUAGAAAAACAUAAUUAAAUCAAUUUAUUAUGAUGAAUAUAUAAUUUGAAUUUUUCAGUCGCCAAUAUUUUUUUAGUAAAUUCAAUUUAAAUUUUAAUAAAGUACUGAGAUAAUGAUGAGAUUUUUCCCGUUUAAAUUAAAUUCUUAAUCAUUUUUAGUUUGGUCACAUAAUCACACUACGCAAUUCGCAUCAUACGUACUAUUCAAUGACGUUACUGACAUACAUGUGUAUCAAUAUUUUCAAACAUAAAUCUUGAAACACUGCCAACUACACAAAAUAGAGAUUUUCUAUAAAGCGAGUAGUUGAAAUGCCCACGAUAAAAAUAGACACUUUAAAAUUUUAUGAAGUCAAGUUGUCAAUGCGCGCGCGCCUGUCUAGUGAGCGUAGAUCUACUUAGCGUAGUAGCGUGUACCGAGCUUUAGUACGAUUACACUCAUAGAGGGCGCCACUGGCUAGGAUACAUGUUAUAGAUCAAGGAAAUAUGACCAACAUGGUAAAUUUACUCGAAAUAAAAUAUACAGAAUAAAAAAAAAUAUAAAAAAGAUCUUGAAUGUCUGUUUAAUUUUUUUUUUUUCUCAGUUUUGUUUCUAUAUAAGUACCUAUUAUACCAAUUCGAAAGAGAUAUGGAAUAUUUUCAAGGCCAUUUUCCCGUUUGUAGCUUGCUUUCGUGAGUGUGUUUUCUAGGUUAGUUAUAUUUUUAUGCUACAGACUAUCUUGCAUAGACUCAGUUUCUAAAAUAGCUAAAUUAAUUUCGAUUACCAAAUCUGACAUCACGGUGAGAAGAAGUUGUAAAUAAUCGGAUCAGAAAAAAACCUGUUGGUUGAAAGUCGAGUCAACAAGUCAAGAAUAGCCUUAAAAUUGAUAGAAGAAUGAUAAUAGAUGUAAGAUGACAAUAGAAGUAAGGUCCGUGGCACUUGAAAAAAAACGUAGUCUUCCCUACUUCUUCGCAAUAAAGACUUGAUUAAAAUCUUUGACAUAAAUGGAAGAAUACACUUUAAAUGUAAGAAGAAAAAUAAAAAAAAAUGUUCAUAAAUAAUGACAUCAAUAAGAUGUCAAAACCCUGAUCAAAGCCACGUCCGAAAUAUCUUCCAGAAAAAGGCGGCGUGUCCCGUUUGGGAAAUCUGUUUCUUUUGCGUCAGUUAUCAUUAAAGCGAAAUAAGCGCUUCUUUUGUAUCUCCGUUGACCUAUUUUGCCAUUCCCCGAUAUUUUUCAGAGGCUUUACAUAUUAUCUGUGGUCACAUUUCUGCAGUAAACUGCGAUGCGUGCAGAGGAAUAAUAAUGAGGUCGAAAUGUUUAAAGUUCUGGGAAAUAAAAUUAAAUGUGCUUGAAUACUUAAUGUUUUCGAGUAAAAUAAAUAAAAUAUAAUAAAAGCUUGUGGCGCCCUCUACAACGACGCAUAGGAAACUUAAUUCGGUUCCGAACACCAAACUAGUAAGUAAAUUGUAUAGAUUCGUGAAACGCAAUAAUUCCGUGUAUAUUAUUUGUUGAAUUUGGUCUAAGUGUAUUAUUUUGGCGGGAGUUUCAAUGGUAGCCCAAUCUUUUUGAUGUCACCGACGAGAAAAUUUAUUCAAUUUUAUUUUGCUGAGAAAAUGUCUGUGUUUCUAGAAUAUAUUUUUUAUUCCAGCUUAUUUCUCGAUGGUGACAUUUCGAGGGUAAACUGCCUUUGGAAACCUCUCUAGGGAAUGUGGAGUUGACUAAAUAAUUCACCCGUUGAGUGAGGCACGACGAAUUGUAACAUAUUAAAAGAUACGAGAGAUUACGUGGAGCAUUUAUAUAUAGUGGAAAUUUUAUUAAAUACCUUAUUUGCAUUUUUUUUUUAUCGAAGAACAGACGGCGCUUUUAGAUAUCGCCGGAAUAUUAUGUCAAUGAUUGUCUGUAUGUAAAUUGAAUCAUUUUUGUUCCUUGAAAAUUAUUAAUUUAAAGCGAUUUAAUUGUUAUUAUUUCUAAUAUUAAAUUAUGAAAUAAAUUAUAUGUACCAAACAUACAAUACGGAUUGAGCUUUUUUUAAACCCACGACUUUUAGGCAUAUUCAUUCUUUGCAAUUCGGCGAUAUCUAUAAAAGUAACGCGAUAUUUCAGCGUAACGCUUAUCGAAUUGUGUAAAUAGUAAUUUAGUUGUUACAGUUUAUUAGUUGAGUCCACACGUUGCCAUGUCCGUUUGU